CUUUCAAGAUGUUCCGUUUCGUUACCAUUUUCGCAUUGUGCGUAAGCGCUGCCUUUGCCGGCACUUUGCCCGAUGAUUUGGAUGGCCGUAUUGUGAAUGGUGUCGAUACCACCAUUGAAAAGCACCCCUACCAGGUGUCGCUCCAAACCACCAGCGGCAGCCAUUUCUGUGGUGGUUCCAUCAUCAGCGAAGAUAUCGUCGUUACCGCUGCUCACUGCAUGCAAUCCUAUACCGCCUCCCAAAUGAGAGUACGUUUGGGUUCCACGGAAUAUAACACUGGUGGUGAAUUGGUUGCCGUCAAGUCAUUCAAAUACCACGAAGGUUACAAUUCCAAGACCAUGGUUAACGAUAUUGCUGUCAUCAAAUUGGCCACUCCCGUCCGUGAAUCCAACAAGAUCCGUUAUGUUGCCUUGGCCGAGAAGACUCCUGCCACUGGCACUCCCGCCGUUGUUACUGGCUGGGGCACCAAGUGCUACUUGACCUGUGUCAGCUUGCCCAAGACUUUGCAAGAGGUUGAAGUUGAUAUUGUCGAUGAGAAGGCCUGCGCUUCCAGUGAAUACAAAUAUGGCUCUCAAAUCAAGGAAACUAUGGUGUGUGCCUAUGCUGUCAACAAGGAUGCCUGCCAAGGUGAUUCUGGUGGCCCAUUGGUUUCCGGUGAUAAAUUGGUUGGUGUUGUUUCCUGGGGUAUGGGUUGUGCUAAGGCUGGCUAUCCCGGUGUUUAUGCUGAUGUACCAUCUCUACGCAGCUGGGUUCUUAAGACCGCCAAGGAAUUGUAAAUUGUGG